UUAAGGCAGCAGAAACGCUGCAUCAAACCGACGCGCUCCUUCGAAGAGGAUGCAGCAGCUGCACGGUCACGUUCCCACUGAAGGGCAGGAGCAGCAGCGAGAGCGCCGACCGGCUCUGCCACCCGCAAACGCUACGGACGCUAAGCGCGCGAGCGCGGGGAGGGAGGGUUAAAAAAUUUCCCCUCCCUCUCCCUCUCUCUCUCUCUAUCUCUCCCUCCCUCCCUCCCUCCCUCUCUCCUCUCUCUUUCUCCCUCUCAGUCUCUCUCUCUUUCUCUCUCUCUCUCUCUCUCUCUCUCUCUCUCUCUCUCUGCUCCUUGGUUCAAUUACCCCUUUCGGACAUCUGCUGCAGUCCUACCCUCCGGAUGGAUGUUUGACGGCGACAAAAGGCUAACAGCUACAUCUCAGCACCUGAAGACAAAGGGGGUACGCCGCGGGAGGCUGAGAUUGGGGCGCACUUCUCUCUUUUCCGCUCUCUCUGUCCCCUGCAAGCUGACACACCGACGCGCUCCUGGAAGAGGGGGGAGAUACUUUUCAAUAACUGACGGUGCCGUGUCCCCUGAAGAAGGACUUGGGUUUUUUUCCUCUUUUUCCCCCCCCCUCUCCUCUUCCGGAUUUGAACGGAGCUGGAGAGCACUCUCUGGAAAAAAAAAAACCCCAUCUCACAUCACCACGCUCCCCCCCCCAACCUCUUUCUGCCUCCUCCCCCCCGCACUGAAGAAUUGCUGCCAACUAUGCAGUUGCUAAGAUAGUUUGUAAAAGGAGAAAAAUCUAAGGACUGCGCACUGUGUGUUUUAGCAGUAAUUCCUUCCUCAUUUGGACAGGCAUGGCAAAUCAACUGGCGAAGUGACUGAGGGCAGAGGGGGGGUGGGCCGGGUAGUCGUGUUGUUGGAGCGCGCGGGGGGGGGUUGUCUGACAUUAAAGUGAGGAGGGGGGAGAGUGCUGGUGGGGGGGCUGCUUCAGUUUACAGAUCGAAAGGAGAAAAGAGAAAUUGGAACGACACCUCUACCUUGCCUUGGUUUUUUUUUUUUUCCCUUCUCUCGAUGUGCCCCCCUUGCUACGGAGAUGGAGUUUGGCAAAAGGAUUUCUGUGGAAUCCAGCGGCGCUGGUGGCGGUAGCCAGGGCCGCUUGGCUGCAGUGCGGGACGCGGCAUGCGUUCCUGGCAGCGCCGACACACGCACCUGCUCCGCUCGCUGGGCCUUUCCUCGUUAGCCAGCCCGCUUCGCUGCUGUCGUCCCCUGUCUCUCCCUCAACGCGCUCUCUGGAUUAACCAGGAACCAUUUUGCGGGAUUGACUUUACUUUUACUGCGAAACAGAGACAGGAUAAAUAAAGCCUGAUUGACUGAUCCCUUUCCUGGAUAAUGGAUGUGAAUUAAAAUUUACACCCGCUUUUAUGUGCGAUUUACAAGAAAAAACAAACAAAAAAGGACUUCUCAGAACUCGAGAGGUAACUGUGUCCCGUACCUGGAACGCCGCCCUGCUUUUUGUGGUCUACCUGAUGGUGCGAGCGUGGAGUCUGUGCGCCGCCUCGUCGGCCGCCGUGCCGCACACCUGUCCCGCCGUCUGCUCCUGCAGUAACCAGCUCGGCAAGGUGGUGUGCACCCGCCGCGGACUGACCCGCGUGCCGCCGGGGAUACCGCCCAACGCCCGCCACCUCAACCUGAUGGAGAACUCCAUCGAGCUGAUCCAGGCCGACACCUUUCGGAACCUGCGGCACCUGGAGGUUCUGCAGCUGGGCCGGAACGCCAUCCGGCAGAUCGAGGUGGGGGCCUUCAAUGGCCUGUCCAGCCUCAACACCCUGGAGCUCUUCGACAACCGGCUGACGGUCAUCCCCAGCGGGGCCUUCGAGUACCUGUCCAAGCUGCGCGAGCUGUGGCUCCGGAACAAUCCGGUGGAGAGCAUCCCGUUCUACGCCUUCAACCGCGUGCCGUCGCUCAUGCGCCUGGACCUGGGCGAGCUGAGGAAGCUGGAGUACAUCUCGGAUGGCGCCUUCGAGGGGCUCCACAACCUCAAGUACCUGAACCUGAGGAUGUGCAACCUGCGCGAGAUUCCCCUGCUGGGCCCCCUGGUGGCGCUGGAGGAGCUGGAGGUGUCGGAGAACCACUUCCCGGUGAUCAGACCCCGGUCGUUCCGGGGCCUCCGAACGCUGAAAAAACUCUGGAUAAUGAACGCGCAGGUGAGGCUGAUCGAGCGCAACGCCUUCGACGACUUGACGGCCCUGGUGGAGCUCAACCUGGCCCACAACAACCUCAGUGCCCUGCCACACGGCCUCUUUGCCCCCUUGAGGCACCUGGCGGAACUGCACCUGCACCACAACCCCUGGAGCUGCGACUGCGAGGCCGUGUGGCUCGCCGGGUGGGUGCGGGAGCGCAUCGCCUCCAACUCCACCUGCUGCGGCCGCUGCCACACCCCGGCCCACAUGCGCGGCCGCUACCUGGUGGAGGUGGAGCCCAGCGGGUACCGUUGCUCCGCCCCGUUCAUCAGCGACGCCCCCAGGGACCUGAACAUUUCGGUGGAACGGGAGGCGGAACUCAGGUGUCGAACGUCCCCUAUGUGGUCCGUCCGGUGGCUGCUGCCCAACGGGACCAUCGUGACCCACGGUUCCAGCCAACCGCGGAUGGUGGUGCUGAGCGACGGGACUCUGAACUUGUCCAAUGUCCUGCCGGGCGACAAGGGCACCUACAUCUGCAUGGUGGCCAAUGCCGCGGGCAGCUCCAACGCCUCGGCCUACCUGAACGUCAGCGGCGGAGAGCUCAACACCUCCAACCUAAGCUACUUCACCACCGUCACCGUGGAGACGCUGAGCCCCACGGCCAAGCCCGGCCGCCCCGGCCCUGCCCCCGUCAAGCCCAAAGCGCCCAACUCGCCGGCGGUGACUGCCUCCCCCUCCGUUUUUCAGCCCGCCUUUAUCUCCACGCCAACCGUCCUCCUCCACAGCACCCAACCCCCCGUCGCGCCCUCCGGCCCCGCCCCCAGCCCUGGCCCCACGGCCAAGGGCACGGGGAAGCUGCCCGACAGCAUCGACGAGGUGAUGAAGACGACCAAGAUCAUCAUCGGCUGCUUCGUGGCGGUGACCCUGCUGGCCGCGAUCAUGCUGAUCGUCUUCUACAAACUGCGCAAGAGACACCAGCAGCGGAGCACGGUGGGGGCCGCCAGGACCAUAGAGAUCAUACAGGUGGACGAGGACAUCCCCCCUCCGGCCUCGGCGGGCGCCGCCACCGCCAGCAUACCCGGGGAGGGCGCGGUGCUGCCCCCUGCUGUCCGGGAGCACAACAGCACCUUCAAACCCACCUAUAGCACCUACACACCAGCGCGUUCCUCACCCUGGACUGAGUACAGCCUGUGCAACUCGCUCCAUCGAUCCAGACCCAGAGAAAUCACCACUGUCCCUGACACCUUCAGCUUAAAGACUAACACCAAGGACAGGGUGCAGGAGACACAAAUAUGAGAACACCAUGCAAUACAAUGCAAAAAAAAACACAUGCACGCACACACAUUCACACACACGCACACACAUACACACACACACAGCUUCUUUUGUACAGAGUGCAAAAUUGAGACUGUUUUUGUGUACAUGCUUACCUAAAGUAAAUACAUACGUAAAUACACACCGUACAUUAUAUAUAUGAAAAUGCAUAAAUACAUAAAUGUACUAUGGGCUGGUUACGAGAAGCAGAUUACAUGGGGGGAAAAAUGAAAUCUACACUAUUUUCUGACUUGUAACUUCUAUUUAAAAAAAUGAGAGUUGUUUAAAAAAAAAAAUCUGUCAUAACUUUGUGAAAGAACGGAGAACGUGUUUGAAAAAACGGGCAUUGUGUAAUUUUUAGAUGACGCAGAGAAUAUCGAUUUCUACAGAGAACUCUUUCUAAAAAUAUUAAUGAAAAAGCCCCCCC